ACCUGACAAUAGACCAAGACCGGUCUCUAGAACUGCAGCACCGUUCAGGAGGCGGUUCAAGCUGAAGUAGGAACAUUUCUGCAGCUGCUGCAGGUCUGGACAUGUUGGAGGGCGGAUCCACUGAACCAACUGGGAUCCUACAGAGUCUGAAGGAUUACUGAAAUGCUGAUAAAAUCCUGUGCUGCUAGUUCAGACACGCCGUUCAGGAUCAGACAGGCCGUUUUCUUCGCUCCUCAUGGCCACUUUACUGCAGCUGCUGGUUUCGGUUCUGGUGUCAAACGUUUGGUACACAUGUUCUGCUCAGGUCAACAUCAGAGCAGAACCUGGACAGAACAUCGUCCUACCAUGUCGGGUUGCGAACAGCGGACCUAUCAAAGUCGUAGACUGGACCCGGGAUAAUCUGGGUUCAUAUCGGGUUCUUCUGUACAGAAGUUCCCAGUUUGUCUCAGAUCAACAGCAUCCAUCCUUUAAGGGCCGAGUGGAUCUGCAGGACAGACAGAUGAAGGAUGGAAACGUGUCUUUGGUUCUGAGGAACGCGGCGGCUGAAGACUCGGGAACAUACAAGUGUCAAGUCAUUCAGAGUGGAGCAAAAAACAUGAAUUCAAAUCCCAACUGCAUCAUCAACCUGGACGUUGCUCGAGAACGGCUUCCUGCUGGUUUUCCAGAAGUUGCUGUCAGGCUGCAGGUUAGAACAUGUUGAAUCAUUUUGCUUUUCCUGUUGCUGCCUGCAUGAACUCAUGUGUUCACCAAUCAUUCAUCCACCUUUCCAGGGAAUUUCCUAAGCAAACGCAACAUUUUGUUGAAUUGCCCAAAGCCUUUUUUAGGCCAAAGCAGCAACAGAUAUUAUGAAGCUGCAGCUCCUCCGGUCAACUCGGUCCUCUUCCUCAUCUUCAUCACCUCUUGUGAUUUCUACGUUCUGGUUCAAUUUGAAAAGUUUGGGUCGUUACUCAUGGCUGGAGCAGUCGGACCGUCAGACGCCAUUUACCCAGAAAACAUAAAAAAUAAACUAAUUAAUAACAUUUUAUUUUUCUUACCUGCAACAGAAACAAAACUUCCAACUGGGUUUAAACAUCUGAACACUAAAGGAAAUAAAUCCAGUUUUUACAUCAUUUAGAUGUAAUAAUUAAAAGCAGAUUUGUGUAAAUUAAAAUCUGCUGUUAGUAAAACUCAGGCAGGCAGAGAAACGGAUGAAAGAUGAAUUAUUUGCUUCAUGCCUAAUAUUUUCAGGAAAAUGUGUAAUUAUCAAAUCAUUUCAUUUCCUGAAUGUUCUGGUUCCGGUCCCGGUUCUGGAGCUGCUGUGUGUUUUCCCCACCUAGUGGCGGAGAGCUGACAUUACAGCUCAGCUGAUGUUUCUGUUCUCCAGGAGAGAAACUGCAGAGACUGAGGUGGAUGAGAACAUGUUACCCCAUAACAUGAACUUAUACAACUCAUCUUUAAUUAAAGUGUCAAUAAUAAUAAAUGUACAUGUGAAUAAAUUGCUGCCUACAGGGCAAUUACAGAAUGAAACUAAAAACAGGGAAAUAUUUCAUCAUUUCAUAUAUAAAUGAGCCAAAGAGCCUCGUCUGUCAUCCUGUCUGCAGGUCUGAGGCUUUUUGUUAGCAUGUUUUCUAUCAUUCUUAUAGCCUGAUAGGAAACCUGGUCCAACCUGGCAACCCACAUUAAUAAAGUGGUGAAAUAAUAUUGACCACAAAACACUAUUUAUAAAGAUAUCAACAUUUUUUCUACACAAUCCUAACAAACGUUUUUAAUGUUGAAAUAAUAAUAAACUGUUUCUCUUCCCAAUAUUAAUGAAUGAAUGAGUUAAUUUAUUUGUGACUGUUAUUCUCUUCUCAGUCUCUGAGUUUCAACAUUUAUCACUUCAUGUUCAGGAUUAUCUGGCAACUGAUUCCAUCCUUAAGAUGAAAAUAAAGUUCUGACUGAAAAAUAAAAGUUUACAAGAAUCCAUAGAAAUCUGUUUUCUGAAUCAUUUCCACUUCAGCUUCAGGAUUCUGGAUUAUAAUCUGGACAUCUACACAUCCUGUUUUGGAGCCUUUGACUAGGACAAGCUGCUUUAGUCCAGAUGUUCCAGAUGCUGAGCCUCUUUCUGACCCAGUUUGUUUCUGUCAGCUGAGUUGUAAUAACAGCUCUCCGCCAGUAGGUGGCAGCAGGAGGAUGUUUGACUACCAGCUGAUGGAGUCACGUGACUCUGCUGCUCUUCAGGUGAAUAAUCCUCAGAAAAUCUGUGCAGCUUCAGCAUCACAGUCACUAAAUACAUAAUUA